AUGGCUUCUGGUGGUGGCGGCGCGGCUUCUAGUUUGGAUCGCCUUGAUUCUGUUUUGGGAGGGUUGUGGCGUCGAUCGGUCACUGCAGAGCAGGUCUACAAGGACUGGAGGGUUCUGAGGAUUCUUUGGGAAUCCAGUCAUAAGGGGAGUGAUGCAGGUCUCAAGAUUGAAGCUGCAGCCGAGGAGAUUGCCCAUGCCCAUGAUUCUGUUUUGGAAGGGUUACGGCGUCGAUCGGUCACUGCAGAGCAGGUCUACAAGGACUGGAGGGUUCUGAGGAUUCUUUGGGAGUCCUGUCAUAAGGGGAGUGAUGCAGGUCUCAAGAUUGAAGCUGCAGCCGAGGAGAUUGCCCAUGACCUUAAUCGUAUUUCUGAUGGAGAGGAGGAGGACAAUGAGGUUCCAGAAUCACAGUUCCUUCUCCAGUUAGCUCGUGAUUGUGAAACAAAAACCAAGCGAUUGAUGGCUGAAGUUGGAGAAGCUCUUGACUAUCUGUACUCGUCGUGCUCAACAGGAGGGAGCACCAUCAGCAGCUCACUCCAAUCACAGCUGAUGCCUCCUGCAACUCUUGGUGUUUCCUUUUGGCCACGAUUUGUCAGCCAUGCACAAUCAAACGUGCUCAGAAUCAGGCAGAUUGUGCUAGAUCACUUGGUUCAUGAACACUUUGGUAUACGGGAUCAAGUCUUUACCUUCUACAACAGUCUAAAGUCCAUCAAGCGUUACUUUGGUCUAUUACUAAUCGAUCCCAAAUUCCCAUACCUGGGAGGAGCAGGGGCAGGAGCAACAACAGAUGAUGCAGUGCCUGGUAUUGAUGCCUCCCUCGGUCAUGUGGUAUCUUUGGUCCUUCGGAUUGCAAAUCGGUGUUCUGAUCACUGGUUGGAUUGCAAAACAGGCCGGAUCCAAGUGGAAAAAGGUGAGCUGAGUAAGUUCAUGGAGGAUUUGCACCAUGAGAUUCAUCCAAGAAAUCCCAAUUUCAUGAGGUUCCAUCUCAAUUUCCUUUUGGCUCUCUGCUGCAGUAAUAAUAACGAGGAUGAGAAGAUGGAUAUUGUUAUGCAAUUCUGCAACUAUCUCUUUAAUUCUGAACAUGGUGAUUUUCGAAAAGAGGUGUCUUCCCUGGUAACUCUUUUUGUUGACGCUACAACUAAAUUAAAGAACAAGGAUGCAGUACAAAGUUUCUUUCCAGAAAUCAAUGCAAUGCUCGUUGAGAUGGCGUCGCUCUUUGAAGCGAAUAGUCGCAAGGGGCAUAAACUAAAUGACUCUCCUCAGUGCUCUGAGUUACUUACAAGAAUUUGUCUUCUCAGAGCAGAGCUUUCCCUCGUGGUGCAAAUUCGUAAUAUGAGCAAAAUUAGCAGCAAUUUGUCAUCCUCCUCCAGUAUGCUUUCAGAUUGGAAAGAUAUCCCGAGAAAUCUGAGCAUAUAUUCCAAAAAUUUACCCCUUGAGAAGAUUGAGGAUGGGGAAACGAUGUUGGCAUUCACUGAAUCAUUGUUUGAGGAAGUAGAAUCUCUUCAUCAGUCAUUUAGGGACAAGAAAAUCACUGGACCUAUAGUGAAGAACUCACUUCUCCUACUUUUUUUUAAGAUUGUGAUUUUCAGGGAAGAGUUGUUUCUAACGGAGUUAUUACUGUUGAAAAGUGACCCAACUCCCAUGGCUGGUGGGAAAGAUCGAAUUGUACUUCAUCUUCAGAACCUUGAGUACUUUUCACUAAUUCUCUCAGAUGAGCGAAUGAAGAAUAGAAAGGACGUCUUCAGAGCCUUCAAACCAAUUGAAGUUUUUUUCAGGAGUCUAACAAUUUUCAAUCAUUCUUUUCUUAUCGCACAAGAUGAAAUGAUCCUUUCAUUUUCUCAGCUGUUAGAUAAGAUGAACCAGUUGAUGAAGGCAAAGUGCAAAGAGAUAAUUCCCCAAUUUCCACUGUUUGCUUUCCCUAGGACUUUCAGACUGAAUUUGAAUUUCGUUGAUUCUCUGUCAAGAAACCUUGUGGAGCUGCUGAAAUAUGAUCCUGUGUCAAUUGCAUUGGUGAAGCACCACAUUGAAGAAAUUCAACUACAUCUCCAGUCAUUGAGUUCUUUUCUUGUGGAUGUUUCAAAGUUACAGAUUGAAGAGGAUCGGGAGCUGAAAGAUAUUGGUAAUCAAAUCAUCCAUUUGGCGUAUAAAGCGGAGUAUGUGAUUGAUUCAAUUGAGGUUGAUGCUCAAUGGCAGGAUUUCUUCUGGUUAAAUGACGUACUGCAGGAGCUAAGAGUUGUUAAUGAGAAGGCCUGUGGAAUUCAGUUGACCAUCGGUGAUGCUAAAGUCCUAGAUCCCGAAAAUGUGACCCACGUUUCACGCGGUACGUUUCCAAGGGAUGGUACACCGGCGAUCGAUGAAAUUGUGGUGGAUCUCAGUAACAGAGAAAAUGAAAUUCUCAACCAGCUGACUAGAGGAUCCUCAAGGCUGGAUAUUGUUUUUAUUGCUGGAAUGCCUGGUUUGGGCAAGACAACGUUGGCGAGGAAGGUGUACAGCAGUCUUAAAGUCAUGUGUCACUUUCAUCUUCGUGCAUGGUGCUCUGUUUCCCAAGAAUAUGAGAAAAGGAGAUUGUUGCUCGAAAUUCUAACAGGGAUUCAUGGGCUUACAGAAGAGAUUCGCCAAAUGAGGGAUGAAGAUCUCCAAGAUAAAUUGCGUGAGUUGUUAAAGAGAAACAAGUAUCUCGUAGUUAUGGAUGACGUUUGGGGUAUUGGAGUUUGGAACGACUUGAAAAACUCAUUCCCAGAUGAUGGAAAUGGAAGUCGAAUACUGUUCACCAGUCGCCUCCACAGAGUGGCCUUGGAAAUUAAACCAGACAGUCGUCCUCUUUCUCUUAGCCUUUUUUCUCAUGAGGAAAGUUGGCAGCUGUUAGAAAAGAAGGUAUUCAAGGUAGAAUGUUGCCCCAAAGAGUUAGCGGCAGUUGGAAAAGAAAUUGCUAGGCAAUGUCAAGGAUUGCCUCUUGCAAUUGUUGCUGUAGCUGGUAUACUGAAGAUGACAGAAAAGAGCCGAAAUUCAUGGAAGAAAAUAGCAAACAGCUUGAGCUCCCAGGUACUCAAUGGCCCAGAAGCUCAGGGCCAGUCAGUCCCAGAACUAAGCUACCAAUACUUGCCCGAGUAUCUAAAACCAUGCUUUCUCUAUAUGGGAGUUCUUGGUAAAGACAAAGAUAUUCUUGUUAGCAAGUUGAUUCAGUUGUGGCUUGCAGAAGGGUUAAUACCAAAAACGCAGACAAAGAGCUUUGAAGAUUUGGCAGAGGAUUUUUUGAUGGAGUUGAUUGACGCAAGCUUGGUAAUAAUCUCCAAAAGAAGAUCCAAUGGCAAAGUCAAAGCAUGCCGUCUUCACUCUUUUAUGCUUGAUUUCUGUCUGUCAAAAGCCGAAGAAGCAAACUUCUUUCAGUUAGUAACCAGGUGUGAUAAGCCAUAUGCUUGGUUUCCCAGUUCAGAUUAUAGUUUUGAAUUUGAUUUUUACCAUUUGCCUCCUGUUUCAUUUGCAUCCUAUCGGUUGGCUGUAAGUCUGAAGCAAAAUCAUUUUCUUGGAUCAAGACCUUCUGGCCUGGGCACCCGUUCUUUGGUUUUUUUUGCCUCUACAGAUUCCAAAACUAGACGGCCUUACGACAUCUCAUUAAUUUUGCACAACUUUAAAUUACUUAAGGUGUUGGAUUUCGAAUGCAUGGACAUGGCUUCUUUUCCUGUCGAAAUUGGACUACUGAUUCACUUGAGAUAUUUAGCUGUUGGGGGGUAUGUGACAUCUAUUCCAAAAUCAUUAGGCAACCUCAGGAAACUGGAAACUCUUAUUGUGAAAGGAUUGAGUGGUAAGAUCAUCUUGCCAGAUACGAUUUGGAGCCUGACAAGUCUGAGGCAUCUUCAUGUGAAAAUCCAUGUUGCUUUCAACUUGGAUGAUGCAGUGUCUGAAAACUGCUCUGUUUUAGAAAAUUUGGUCAGUUUUUCCUGCCUGUCUCUUUCUUGUGGUGAAGAUGCAGAAAGGAUGCUGAAGAGGUUUCCAAAUCUUUGCAAACUGAGUGGCAUAUUCUAUGAAUCACCAGAUUCUUCCACGAACUGCAAUCAGUUUCCGAGAUUGAAAUGUCUAACUCAUUUGGAGUCACUCAAGAUAUUCUACUAUGGAAGCCCUCUUAACAAUGGCGAGUUCAUCCUCCCUUUGAAUCUAAAGAAAUUGACUUUAUCAAACUUUCGCCUUCCAUGGAGUCAUAUCUCCACAAUUGGGAGACUACCAAACCUGGAAGUUCUCAAGUUACUUUCUGGUGCCUUUGAGGGGAUGAUAUGGGACGUGGAAGAAGAGUUUCAGAAUCUUAAGUUCUUGAGCUUAGACAAUUUGAACAUUGUUCAAUGGAAUGCCUCUUGUGAUGAUUUUCCCAAGCUUGAAAGACUUGUCUUACAAAAAUUGCAAAGACCUUGAAGAAAUUCCGUCGGAUUUUGUGGAUAUACUUUCACUGCAAUUGAUUGAAGUGAAUUGGUGUGGACGAUCUGUCGAAGGAUCGGCCCUGAAUAUUAGUAAAGAAACAGGAGAGGUCAAAGUCGUUAUAAAGAGUUCAUAUUGGAGAUCAUGAUCAGCAUGAAUUGGAUAAAACCUCUUUAUACUUCCUCUGAUCACUCGUCUGUAGCUGGCAAGGCUCAAUCGAAACUUGAGAGCCCCUGUUCACCACAAGCAAGAACUUUUGGCCAAGCUUUGCCUUACACUGGAGCUUUCCCUUUUC